CAGUGCACUCGCUUGCUCCGCGCGCUCGGCCGCUGCUGCGACGCGCUGUGCCUCACGUGUGUGACCGCCCAUCGCCCUUAGGUUAAUUAGACAAGAGAAAAUAGCCAGGCGAGAUGGCGCAAGGUUCACGGAGGCUGGUGCUGGCUGCACUUAUGGUCGUCACAAUCAUGGCUCCGCACUUCUCUGCUCAACCACCAACCGCUGAGAAAUCCAUCGAAAAGGAUCGCACACAGAGACAAGCAGCGGUCAAGGCUGGUAAGCAAGUUGCCACAACGCCGAAAUGGGGAUUUUUUGGUACCAUAUUUCAUCUUAUUUUAGAGCAAAUCAAUGACACCAAAAGUGCUUAUACUCAGAUAUCGGACCUAUUAACCAACCAGUUCGUAGAUGAUAACGCUGUAACAAACUCACCCGCCCCGUCUACCAAUGGCAGUACCGAAACUCCUAAGAUAUCAAGACAAGAGUUCUUAAAAAUUCUUGAUCGAAACCUCAAAGGUCUUGCGAGAUUACGAAAUUUAGAAUGGCGAGAAGCAAAGAAGGAUUCCAUGGCUAACCUACGUGGAUAUAAAGAUGAAAUAUUUAGAGGAAAAAAGUCGUCAAAAAGAAAAUAGCAAGCUUAAAACAAGAAAGUGAUAAAGACUGUAAAUAUUUUAGUAACUAGGUACUUACGUAAUGUAGUGAAAUAAAAUUAUUUUUUAAAUCAU